AUGGCUCCGUUACUAAUACCGUGUGUGGCUGUAUAUCCCCAUCCAAUUGAUCAGUAUAAUUUGACGGUAAUGCUUAACAGAGCCAGCGCGACUUUUGCGCUGGUUCCUUCUUUCAGUGCCCGAAAGAUGGCACCAAUAUCUGGGUGCACAUCCUUCCUUCUAUGGUUAACAGUAUUGCAAUUAUCACGCUGUUUGCGUAUAGUUAACGAUGAUCCCGAUAAUAACGCACGUAAAUCCGCUACUAGGUGCUGGUUUGAGGAAGGGCGAAUGCUGGCAGCCAUAAAUGACCAUCGAGAGUUCCAUUCGUCACCUCCUCUCAAAUGGAGCGAUGAUCUAGCAUCGUCGGCGCGCACGUUGGCAGCUGAGCUGAGCCGUCGCGUUAACUGCAAAUUGCCAUUAUAUUACCGUGAGGAGAUCGGAACCAAUUAUUUAUCUGCCGACUUGGACCGUUUUAGUGAAUCUUUAGCGGUACAAUUUUGGUACGAGGGUCAUAUUGACUACGACUUUGAGAAAGGAGGACCCCUGAACCGUAAUCCCAACGUUUUAUCAUUUACCCAGCUAGUUUGGUCGUCUACAAGGGAAGUUGGUUGCGCAGUAGCAUGUUGCGACAGUCGACAGCUGGUUCUGGUAUGUCGUUUCCAUCCACCUGGCAACAUCCAAGGCCAUUAUAUGAGCAAUGUCAAAGAGAAAUUUGAGAGGCUUAAAGACCUGGCAGCACGUACACCAACCGAACUCUGA